AUGGGUCUUGAAGAGAUUGAAAGCAAAUUGGGUUCUCUUGUACAAGCAGAUACUAUUUCCCAAUUGAAGAGUGCUGUGUGGAAGGAACGUCUUGAAGCAAUAUCUUCAUUUAAACAACAAGUGGAAGGUUUAUCAGACCUAGACCACUGGGUUGAGUUAUUGAUUUGUUUACUGUGUGCUGUCCCUGGCUGGAGUGAGAAAAAUGUCCAGGUUCAGCAGCAGGUUAUUGAAGUUGUUACUUUCAUAGCCUCUUCAUCAACCAAAUUUCCUAAGAAGUGUGUAGUGCUUUGCCUUCUGGGUAUAAGUGAGCGUGUCGCUGACAUUAAGACUCGUGCUCAUGCCAUGAAGUGCCUUACUACUUUUUGUGAAGCUGUAGGUCCUGGAUUUAUUUUUGAAAAACCGAUACAAAUGGUGAAUCCUUGUGUUGUCCUUAUUGACACUUUGCAAACAAUAGCUUAA